AUGGAUAACACAUCAUGCGGUACUAUUUACAAGGUCUCCGGUCCACUCGUCAUUGCCGAGAAUAUGCCAGGGACCAAAAUGUACGAACUAGUACAUGUAGGAAGCAAGAACAUUUGUGGAGAGAUCAUUAGAAUCGAUGGAAACUCGGUAUUCAUACAAGUAUACGAGGAUACCUCGGGACUACGUGUUGGAGACCCUGUCACGAACACUGGUAUGCCCUUGUCCGUGGAACUAGGACCGGGAAUACUGGACAAUGUAUUCGAUGGUACACAACGCCCGUUAAACAAAAUUUACGAAAAGUAUCAAGAAUACGCCGUACCUAUAGGUGUCAAUAUGCCAGCGCUAGAUCGCACAAAGCUAUGGGAUUACACGCCAAACCCUAAUAUAACAUUAGGAUCAAUGGUAACCGGAGGUGAUAUAUUCGGAUCUGUUAUGGAAAACGAUAUUUUCAUGAAACACCAAAUUAUGGUACCACCAAAUAUUAGCGGAAAGGUGACAUUCGCAGCACCAGCGGGAAAAUAUAAUAUAGAAGAACCACUACUCAAGAUAUCGUACCUUGGAGAAGAAAAAAUAUGCAAAAUGUAUCAAGUAUGGCCAGUAAGACAACCAAGACCAGUUGUUAAAAAAAUACCCUCGAAUAAACCACUUCUUACUGGACAACGUGUGCUAGAUGCAUUCUUCCCUGCAGUCAUGGGAGGAACUUGUGCCGUACCCGGUGCUUUCGGUUGUGGUAAGACUUGUAUUUCACACGCUUUGGCAAAAUAUGGUAACACCGAUGUUACCGUAUAUGUAGGAUGUGGUGAACGUGGGAACGAAAUUGCAGAGGUACUUAAAGAGUUCCCAGAACUCAAAACACAGGUUAAUGGAAAAGAAGUAAGCAUUAUGAAGAGAACUUGUCUAGUGGCGAACACUUCUAACAUGCCUGUCGCUGCUAGGGAAGCAAGUAUAUACACGGGUAUCACACUAUGUGAAUACUUUAGGGAUAUGGGUUACCACGCUUGUAUGAUGGCGGACUCUACCAGCCGUUGGGCUGAAGCUUUGCGUGAAAUUUCGGGGAGGCUCGCAGAAAUGCCUGCCGAUUCAGGUUACCCGGCAUACCUAGCAUCCCGUCUAUCUGCCUUCUACGAACGUGCCGGGAGUGCCGAAUGCAUCGGUGUGCCAUCGAGAGAAGGUUCCGUCACCAUUGUAGGAGCUGUGUCUCCACCCGGUGGUGACUUCUCGUGCCCUGUUACAGCUGCUACAAUGUCAAUUGUUCAAGUUUUCUGGGGGCUGGACAAAAAACUAGCUCAACGGAAACAUUUCCCAUCAGUCAACUGGACCACUUCAUUCUCCAAAUACGAGAAACAACUGGAAUCAUUCUUUGAGGAAAACUGCCCUGAUUUCAUGCCAUGCGUCAAGGUACUCAAGAAUGUGUUGCACAAAGAAGGUGAAUUGCUUGAAAUCGUACAGUUGGUUGGACGUGACUCCCUUUCCGAGGAUCAGAAAGUUACACUGGAAGUAGCCAAGAUCAUUCGCGAAGAUUUCUUACAACAAAACUCAUUCACAGAUUACGACUACAAGUGCCCACUGUACAAGACAGCAGGGAUGUUGAACUGUAUUGUCACCUUUUACAACGAGUGCCUUAAAGCCAUUGCAGAAUCAGGUAAACGUGGGAACAAGCUAGGUUGGGGUACAAUCUACAACACCAUGCGUGCAACUAUUAAUAAAAUAACGGGACUCAAGUUCAUGGAUCCACAACUUCCGGAAUCUGAAUUUGAGGAAGCGUUCAAGACUAUCAUUGAUGAAGUGACAGUUGGUAUGCGUCAACUUGUCGACGUAUGA